AUGGCACUUCAUGAUGUUUCAUUGCGGCUAAGUGAUGCCAUAAGUGUGAACGUGCAAGGCUCCUUGACCCUCGGCAAAGAGGUAAUGGAUAUGUUGACACAAUACGUAGGAGGCGAUAUGCUUGUCUUGCACGGCAGACGAUCCAUGUCCACAAUAAAUUCUGAUUAUUAUACCCAGAUAACAGAGGACUCGGACCUCUGUGAAAACUUACUAAUUUGUAGAGCAAACGAAUUUAAAAUUUUCAUAGAAGAAUAUGUCAUUAUGCUUGGCAAAGCUAUAGAAAGCAUUUUUAAUGUAGUCACACAUGGACGCAUUGAAAAAUUAGAAUCUGAUACUAUAUUUGGUGCCGAAUUUAUCAAAGCGCUCAAAGAAAUCAAGUCAAUUUUGACAAAUGCUGACGACAGGAUUUCAGAUGAGAACGAAGCCUAUAUUUGGACGGGCACUAUGAAAAAAAUCAGUUCGAAAUUGCAGAGGAGGGUUUGUGCUUUUACAAGUCAUAACCUCGAAGGUAAAACUGAUGAUAUUUUAAAUGUCAGAAAGAAAUUGGAUCAGAAAUUAAUACUCGCAAUAAUCGCUGUAGAAGAUACAUAUUUAAGAAAACUGUGCAGUCACGGUAUUUGUCUAAAAAAUGUUGAAUGUACAAGAACUUUGAGCAUUCUUUUGGACACUUUUAAAGCAAUGGAUGAAAGAAAAGCCAAAGAGUUUGUUAAAGGUUUUCAAAAGGAGUUGGAGGACACAAAUUUCUACAAGAGCCUCAAAGAGGAAACUGCUAAUGAAUUUCAAAUUGUGCUGAGUGAUAUGUCUAACACCGAUACAGUGCAAGCUAAAGAAGUACUUUUGUCAGUACAGAAGUCUGUAGACGCAAGAUUAAAAUUAGAAAGUUCAACACACACUAUAACUGGUGGCUUUGAUACUAAAUUAGUAAACACAAUACUAUCCGAUCUUGAUUAUAUGUACAGCAAACAUAAAACGGAUCAAUUUCACGCAUUUUUGAAUAGUUAUUAUGUUUGGCAAAACUCUGCUUCUAGCAUUAGACCAGUUAUACAUUCAAUUUUGAAACGGCUGGAGGAAGAUGUUACUGCGGCUCAUGGUGAUAUUUAUUACAAGAUAAUAACAGAAGUUAGAAUAUUCUUAGAAAUAACUGUAGAUCCUUAA